CUGGAUAAACACCCAAACGUGUCAAACUGUUUACAUAUUUGUUCAAAUCAGCCCAAAAAAACUGCAACCCCCGGCACUGUAUUUUUUCCCGCAAUGGCAUUUUCAAAAUAGCCCAAUUGGGUGGGAAAACCGUGGACCUGGAAACACACCUGGUUUUAUAGUCCCUGCAUGAAGCUGGCACAGGUGGACUGGCAGGAACCCAACAGGAAACUUUCAAAAUAAAGUUGGGUGUUACUAUCUUAUUCACCAUUUGACUGGCAACAGUUAACAGGUCUUCCAUUUUGAGGUCAAGGCAAGAAGGAAAAAUCAACAAAUCAUUGCACGUGACUUGUAGCUCAGGAGCGCCCUCUGCUAUGAGGCGGGAGUACUGGCUGACUCAGACUUCUUUAGUGGAAGUAUUUACCAACCAGCAUCAUGAGCAGCCUUCAGAGAGUUCUUAGCAGAAAAUACCCACAUGUUGCCCUUAUUGGAUGAUACAUUGGUACAGCCGUGGCCUAGAAGGCUGGAAAGCCAGCAUGUGAUCGACGGGUUGCUGGUUCAAUUCCCCGGACUGGCGGAGAGUUGUUUGUGGAUGUGCCCACUGCUCCUGUGGUGUGGUCCUGCAUGUUCUAGCGAUGGGUUAAAUGCAGAUGUGUGACAGGCUGUUGGAUCUUUUUGUCAUCUCCAGUCUUCCUCAGUGUCAUCUGACAGAUGUUCUUCCUUAGACGUGACUAACCUGGAGGAUCUGUCAGGUUCAUCAGGAUGGCCACACCACCCACCGCCCGAUGGUCUGUGACGGAACGUGUCCCAGGACGUGUCAAGGGUCACGGAAACCACAGAGGAACAAAAGUGGGGCUUGCUGCAACCAGAGGCAGCUAUGGCAUCUAACAGCCUUUUCAGCACAGUGACACCAUGUCAACAGAACUUCUUUUGGGAUCCCAGCGCCAGUCGGAGGUUCAGUCCGCCGUCCAACAGCCUCCAGCCGGUCCCAGGGAAGAUGAACGAUGUGAGCUCCCCAGCCGGUCAGCCGGACGCGGCGGCGGCGGUGCCAAGGCUCCGUCCCCACGAAAACCGCAGCAUGGCCGAGAUCAUCGCCGACCACCCGGCUGAGUUGGUCCGCACCGACAGCCCCAACUUUCUGUGUUCGGUCCUGCCCUCCCACUGGCGGUGCAACAAGACCCUGCCGGUCGCCUUCAAGGUGGUAGCCCUGGGAGAUAUACCUGAUGGGACUGUUGUCACAGUGAUGGCAGGGAACGAUGAGAACUACUCCGCUGAGCUGCGGAAUGCCUCAGGUGUGAUGAAGAACCAGGUAGCUCGCUUCAAUGACCUUCGCUUCGUGGGCCGCAGUGGCAGAGGCAAGAGCUUCACCCUGACAAUCACAGUAUUCACCAACCCACCACAAGUGGCCACUUACCACCGAGCCAUAAAGGUCACCGUGGAUGGACCACGUGAGCCCAGGAGGCAUCGUCAGAAGCUUGAAGCCCCCAAGACCGGCCUCUUCUCAGACCGUCUCAGUGAGCUGGAGAGGAUGAGGGUGAGGGUGGCCGUGCCCACCCAAGCCCCCCGGCCAACCCUCAACACAGCAGCCAACUCCUUCAACCCACAGGGGCAGACGCAGAUAACAGACCCACGUCAGUCCCAGUCCUCUCCUCCUUGGUCGUACGAACAGACGUACCCGUCCUACCUGAGUCCCAUGGCGUCCCCCUCAGUCCACUCCACCACCCCCCUCUCCUCCAGCCGAGGCACGGGCCUGCCUGCCAUCAGUGACGUGCCUAGACGCUUGCCAGGUUCCUCUGACCUCAGUCCAUUCCCGGGUCAGUUUGAGCGUCAGUUCCCGGGCCUGUCCUCCCUCACAGAGACUCGCUUCUCCAGCCCUCGGAUGCACUACCCAGCCACCUUCACCUACACCCCUCCGGUCACCUCCGCCAUGUCGCUGGGCAGCGCCCACUACCACCUACCUUCCCCUCCGUACCCGGGCUCCACCCAGAGCCAGAGUGGACCCUUCCAGACCAGCAGCACACCCUAUCUGUACUACGGCGCCUCGUCCGGCUCCUACCAGUUCUCCAUGGUUCCCGGUGGGGAUCGCUCGCCCUCCCGGAUGAUCCCACCCUGCACUAGCGCCUCGACGGGCACUACCCUGGUGAAUCCCAACCUGCCCACCCAGACGGAGGGAGGCGUGGACGGCGACGGGAGCCACAGUAACUCCCCCUGUUCUCAACCCCGGAGGCCGCUGGAUGAAGCUGUGUGGAGCCAUAUGAAGAAGAGCAGGGGCGGAGAUCAGAAGUCAACUGAUGUCAUGGUUUGAAAGCACAAAACCUUUUUUAUUAAAAAGGGGAUUUUUGAGCUCUCAUCAGCUAAGAACUAUCUCCACCUUCAACUUGGAAAUUAAGGUCGAGAUAAAAAAAAAAAAAAAAACAUCAGACUUGUAUGGACUUGUCUUCCUGGAAUGUGUUUUGACCAAGGCACUACAAAGGGAGUCAUUCUCACAGCAA